UCCAAAAAUUUCCUGUUUGUUGGUGUUUAGAUUUCCACUAUAUAACACCAAAACAAAACAGGACAUGGACACUAGUAUGCAUGACGCUUUGCUGCUCUCGGAGACGGAGAUAGAAGCUGAAACACAUAACGAAAGGCCUAUUACAACUUCACAGCCAGGAACACAGUUUUCUCCCACUCCCAUUGUUGAACAGACAGACCGCAAGGAGACUGCUGAUUUGGCCUGGAUGUUUGGAAUCCUCAGCUGCUUUUGCUGCAAUAUAUUAUUAGGAAUCGGCGCCAUUUACUUUGCAAACGAGGCAACCAAUUUUUUCAAUGAAAGGAAGAUCGUCAGUGGAAUUUCUCUUCGGAAAUGGUCGUACUUCUUCAGUUUUCUCGCCUUUUUGACGGGAGUAGGAACUAUUGUCUUUGUGGUGAUACAUUUUGUACUGUAGCUGGUGUCAUAAGACAAGAAAUGCCCGAAAGUUUGUCUCUAGACUCUUCAUUCUACCUGGUAAUUAAGAAUCGACAACAGAUCCAUAUAGCCUGCAUAAAAUAUAUUCAUACAUUAAAUUGAUCAACAAUGUACAGAAGAAGAGACGGUCAAUAUGCCUACUGUUUAAUUUAAUGUUUACUGUUCAGAAUUUGAUAAAUCUGUUCAUGAAGUUACAAAACAGAAAAUUAUGACUUUUAA